AACUCAAGGCGGCAGUUUCGAGGAUUGUUGACUUUCUGUGCUUGUGUUAGCUACUUUGUUUCAGGCUUUCGUGGUUAAGUUGGUCACAGACGAACACUACCCACUUUGUUAGAUUUGGUUGGCUUUUGAUUUUAUGCAAUGUUGGCUGAUCCUACUCUUCGUUAUGCGGAUAUUCAAGCCUGUUGCUCUUGUCUUGGAUUUCGUGAGGGCGAUACAUACAAGAUAGAUACUGAUGCAGAAGUUUCCAUCCGCACUUUAUUGCGUUACUUACGAAAUGAAACUGCUGAAUGUGAUAUACGACGGGAACUUGGUCAACUCCGCAUUGUUUCCAGUGAUCUCAUACCGCUUCUCCGUUGUUGUAGCGGCAAUAAAAUAUUAUUUGAACUGGUCAUUCGUCUUCUUAUGAAUUUAACUCAACCUGCAAUUGUAUGUUUUCGUCAAGAGAUACCAAAGGAUCGUGAUCUUUACAGUGCCUAUCUUCAAGUUGAUGAUUUACUAAAGUCAUACAAAAAAGACUUUGCAGAUGAAGAAUUGUUUCGGGUCCUGUGUAGUGUGGUAGGCAGUUUGUUAGAUAGAAGCUGGGAGGAAAGGAGUGAAGAAGAUCGUCUUCUCAUUGAGCGUAUUUUGAUUUUAAUGCGUAAUGUACUUCAUAUUGCUCCUGAUGUUGUUGGCGAGCAGCGUACGGACGAGGAUGUUUCUGUACAUGACCAGAUUUUAUGGGCAAUGCAUUUAUCUGGGUGGGAUGAACUACUUUUGUUUCUUGCAAAUUCAGAUGAUGAACAAAUGUUCGCUUUUCAUACUCUUGAAAUCAUAUCACUGAUGUUAAGGGAACAGACACCUGAGCUACUUGCCUGUGCUGGAAACAGAGCAGAAACUAAAUCUGAGCUAAACAGUCGGAGAAAACUUAUUGAAAGAUUGAAAAUUCGAGAUGAUAUGGAACGAAAGAAUUUUCUUUACGCCUGUAACCUAAGGCAAGCAAGAUUUGGUGGUGCUUUUGAAUUGGUAAAUACACCAUCUUUGAGCGAACGUCCACUGAUUUACCAUCAUGAUAUUACCCAUAAAGCUCAAAUGGCAACUGUAAUUUCGAAACAGUUGGACAGUUCUGUAGAUGUGGUGGAUAAUGUUGGCAUCGUUGAAUUAGAUGUAGGAAAGCGAAAGUUCCGUAAGCCUAAACAUCGUAAACCUUUAGUUGACCGACCAAUACACCGGCGUUCAAUUUUGGCUGUCCAGUUAUAUCUGCAGGGUUUCUGUUGGCAAUUUUUAAAGUUCUGCUAUAAUCCAAUCAUGCGUGUUGUACAGUCAGGUUUAACUCGUCAAGCUACUCAGGAGAAUGAUGAAACUUAUUUCCUUUGGACAAUGCGAUUCUUUAUGGCAUUUUGUCGAGUUUAUCGAUUUCGCUCAGACUAUAUAAGUGAAACUCUCAGUGUGCCAAUUUUUCAUUGGAUAUAUGAUCAAGUAAUAAAUUAUAAAGAACAUUUAGUAACCGAUAAACGUGGUGGCGCUUCAAAUCAACGUGCAAUCCAAGCAGCUCGACGUUUAGAACUUGCUGUAGCGUGUUAUAAAGAAUUUCUCACUUGCCUAAAUCGUAUGCUUCAUGUAACUGGAGCAGAUAAGACUGUUCAACCAGGUGACGAUGAAACACAAGAUGGUGUUGAAGAACGAUUACGUUCACAAGCUAAUGUUGCUGAGUCGAUUAUUGCCAAUGUAUUUUAUGUUGCUGAAUAUCAAGAACUAUUCCCAAAUCUUUUGAGGGACUACAAUGAAAUAUUCAUGUCCAAAGACUGUUUGCGUGAUUUGGUUGAAGGUUCUCACUUAUUUAUAACUUUACUUUCCAACAAGAUCUGCGGUAGCAAUAAAAAAAUUAUUGUGAAACGUCGAAGAGUUCACCGAAGGAAAAAGCGUUCCUCUAAACCUAAAAAGGAAACUCAUAAAAGAGAUAUUUUAAAUCAGGAACCUGAAGCUGUGAGAAUUAGCCGUCUCGAACAACAAUGGUCUAAUCAGUUAGAACGUCCCUUAAUAGAGAUUUUACUUGGAACAGCAUAUCAAGAGAAUGAACAGGAUGAAAGUGAUGAUGAAAUGAAUGAUACAAGACUCUUCGAUGCAACUACAGGAAACAGUGAAGAUCAGCAGUUGAAAUCGGCCAUUCGUCGAGUUCAAGCUGCUUUAUUUGCAGGCUCAGCUAAAACAGCUUUAUCAAUGGCCAAGAGAAUGUGGCGUCUUUGGCCAGAAGUUGCCCCAGUUUCAAUUGAGGAAGAUAAUUCAACGAUUGAUGCUGGGCGUGCUGCAGGAUUACGGCCUGAAUGCUUGAAUGUAUUAGGGGCUUUACAGCAAAUUCAUAUGACUGAACUAGAGGAAGAAGAAGAACAGGAGGUACUGAAUAAUUCUUCAUCGAAUAGUAGUGAUAGUGAUAACCUUUACAACGAAGAACUUGGCAUAAGUGAUUCAAAUGAUGAAGAACUAGUUACUACUGAAAAAGAAGUAGUUCUAGACUUUAGUGCUUUUAUGCUCAAAUUUGUUCAUCCACGUGUUGUACAUGCUUACACUUUACUUUUAGAGAAUUACGAUAAUAACCCUGAAUCAGUCAAUCAUGCAAUUGUACAUACUAUUCAUCGAUUGGCUGUACGAGAAAGAUUACCUGGUUGCUUUUUUCAAUUACGCUUAUUUCGAGUAUUUCAAAAAUUUCUACACGAUCGUGCUUUAGCUACUUCGCCAGAAUUUAAAGAAUUAGCAAAUCUCAUUAAAUAUAUCUUAAGAAAAUUCUUUGAAGCUGAGGAGAAAAACAACUACAUUCUAAUUGAAACUCUUUUCUUUAAAACUCCUAAAGAAAGUUAUGAGACAGUUCAAGGAUAUGGUACUUUUGAGAGCAAUAAGAAAACUAUUCAUUGGACCAGUGAACAUGAUAAAGAAUUAACUCAACUAUUUGAAGCUUAUCGUCAUGAUCCUGUACCUUCUGGUAACGAUUUAGCUGAUCUAUUAGUCAAACAUUUUUCCGAUCCAAGUAAAACUCGUCGACAAAUUAUUGCUAGAUUGAUUAUAUUGGGCUUGAUUACAUCAGCGAAACAACUCAAAGAAAUUACAGUUCGUCCCCCUAAACCUCUUAGCGGACGAAAUCGAUGUUUUACUCAACAAUGGAGAAUCCAGUGAGUGGACUGAACAGGAGAUAGCUCGACUAAGAGAUAUAGUCGAGUUACACAAAGGUUCAAAAAAUAUGCUAACUGAAAUCAUGAAUGAAAGGAAGGUAGACCAUGAUUUAGCUGUUCAACGUUGUUUGGAACAAGAAUUAAUUAUGGAUGAAAAUCGGUCAGACAAUUAUAUUCCACCUAUUCGUGCCAGACGUGUAGUAGCUGCUAAAAUUCUUGAACUUGAUCUAGUGGAUAAUGAGAGUCAACUUAAAACACCUGUCUAUAAAAGGAAACGUACAAAAGUACAAAACGUGGAUAUGGAUGUUUCAAAAGAACUAAAGAAAAGCAAGAGUCGCAAGAAAAAAUCUUCAUCAACGUCAGAUGACGAACGAUCCAUGAAUUCAUCAUAUGAAGAAGAAGAAGAAGAAGAAAAAGAAGCAAAUACUUCACACAACUCAGAUUCAAAACAUAACACAGAUGAAAAUGCCAGUCCUGAAUAUAUUAAUCAGUUAGUUGAAUCAGAUAGACCAUCUGAUCAAGUGGAUCACAUUACCUAUGUAAAUCAUACUCAAGAUGAUUAUACCUGUGGAGCAGUUUCUCCAAACUCAGAAUCAGGGUCUCCGAAAAUGCCAGUUCAAAAGAGAAGGCGUCUAUUAUCCUCAGAUGAUGAGAAUGAAGAUGGUCAUGAUACUUAUCAUUCAGAGUCGUAAGUAUUCCAAUUAUAUGGUUUUGUGUCCGCAUCAUUUAUCCUUCAGUGUAUUACUCUAAACAGACUGUACAUAUUUAAACCAGUGAUUGGUGACAGCUUUCUAGUGAAAAACCGGAGACUGGAUAAUAGUGAAUCUACUACGUAUUUUUGAAAUUAAUUGGCUUUAUUUCGCGUUUCGGAUAUAAUUAAUUUAAAUUCGUACGCCUUUUUACCAGUAAAAAUUAUUGUACACUUAAAAAGAUAUUAAAUCAUCCUGAUGAUUAUCUCAUUGACUCAUUAGAACUAAACCUUAAUAUUUAUAUUUUUUGUCCCCUGGCUUAACUGAUACACUCUACAAGUGAAAGUUGCUUAAUUGUUUCGCUCGAUGAGAGAUCAUAUAACACAUGAAACUUUCCUGUUAUAUUCUGGAACACUUAAGCGGAUAACUUUGCCUGUUCUUCACUAGCCCAGAACAAUGAGCUGUUGUCAGUGUUGCUGGGAUUUCAUUAUAAAUCUAGACAAGCUAGAAUUGUGUAUACAAAAUGAACUUAUGUGAUUUCCUCUACCAUGGUCUUAACUUCCAAUAUUCCAAAGCGUUUACCCUGUGCUUUAUCUCCAUUGAUCCUAACUCUCAAACUUAAUUCUGUUUCCAUUAUUUCCUUCUGAUUACAUUUCCACAUUUUACGCAACUCUUUCGCACAAUUUUAAUCUUUAUGAAUAUUCAAAUUCUUAACAACUACACUUGGAGUUUCUUAAUAAAAUAAGAUUCUUUCAUGCUUUUGUUUAUUUUGCCUCUCUGUUAUUAUGAUCACAGUAACGUGACUUUUUUUCACUUGAUAUCUUGACUCUGUGUGUAAAAUCACAAUCCUUAAUGUAACAAGUUCAUUAGGAUUUGUUUUUGAACUGCUAACUAUAUAUGUGCUGUUGAAUUUGUGUUACUUUUUACAUCUUCAUUGUGUUUUUUCAA